AAAUCUCACUUGCCAGGAAAGGCAUCGGCAUGCUGCAUGCGAGUUUGUUUUGGACUUCCAUGUGACACCGGCCUCAUUGAAAUCAACAAAUAACUCCCCCCCCCCACACACCGAAAUUAAACGACAUCUGUCAUUGCAUCGCGGCAGCCAUGGGCAAAAAAGGCAAGAAAGAAAAGAAGGUGAAGGGAGCGGAGAAGACAGCUGCCAAGAUGGAGAAGAAAGUUUCUAAGAGGUCCAAACGAGAGGAGGAGGAUUUGGAGGCUCUGAUUGCUGAGUUUCAGAAUCUGGAUGCAAAGAAGACCAUAGUUGUAGAGACGACGUGUCCGCCUCCAUCGCCGAGAUUGAGUGCGUCUCUCUCUCCCCAUCCCGAGAAAGAUGAACUCAUCCUGUUUGGAGGAGAAUUCUUCAAUGGAAAGAAGACAUACCUGUACAACGAUCUGUUUUUCUACAACAUCAAGAAGAACAGCUGGGUGAAAUCAGACAUCCCUAACCCUCCUCCACCACGCUGCUCCCACCAGGCCGUGGUAGUUCCCCAGGGCGGGGGUCAGCUCUGGGUGUUCGGGGGAGAGUUUGCCUCUCCAAACGGGGAGCAGUUCUACCACUACAAGGACCUCUGGGUGCUGCACCUGGCCACACACACGUGGGAGAACAUCAAGGCUCCUGGUGGUCCAUCGGGUCGCAGCGGCCACCGCAUGGUCCUCAGCAAGAAACAACUGCUGGUGUUUGGAGGUUUCCAUGAGAGCACAAGGGAUUUUAUCUACUACAAUGACGUCUACUCCUUCUCCCUGGAAACCUUCUCCUGGUCACGCCUCGCUCCAUCAGGCUCUGCCCCCUCCCCGCGCUCCGCCUCUCAGAUGACCUCCACGCCCGACGGCAUGGGUGUCAUCAUCUACGGGGGGUACUCCAAAGUGCGAGUCAAGAAGGACGUAGAUAAGGGAACCAUCCACUCAGACAUGUUCCUUCUCAAGCGAGAGGGUAAAGAUGGCCAAGAGAAGUGGUCUUGGUCCAGGGUGAGCCCCUCUGGAACAAAGCCCCAUCCCCGCUCUGGUUUCUCCGUGGCAGUGGGCCCGGCGGGGCGGGCGGUGCUGUUUGGUGGGGUUUGCGAUGAGGAAGAGGAGGAGACUCUGGAGGGCGACUUCUACAACGACCUCUACCUGUAUGAUACGGUGAAGAACCGCUGGUUCCCCGGACAGCUCAGGGGAAACAAGUCGGAGAAGAAGAAACGAAGAAGGGGGAAGAAGGGAGGAGCAGAGGGGGAGGGAGCAGAGGGAAAGGAGGAGGAGGGGGAGGAGGGGGCACCGCAAGGACCCACUGAGGUCAUCAAGGAGAUUGUUACUGAGGACGGGACAGUGAUGACCAUCAAGGAAGUGAUCCCUGGAGCUCAGGAGGAGGAGGAGGAGGAUGAAGAAGAAGAGGAGGAGGAAGAUGAGGACGAUGGUUCAGCCUCGGCCCCCCUGGUGGAGCCCUGCGCGAGGUCCAGCGCCAUGGCAACGGCGCGUCAGGGCAAGCUCUUCCUGUACGGAGGGAUGUUCGAGGUUGGAGACCGCCAGUUCACCCUGAACGACUUCUACUCUCUGGACCUCAACAAGAUGGACCAGUGGGAGGUUCUGGUGGAAAUGGACCCAAAGACACAGGAGUGGCUGGAGGAGUCUGAGUCAGAGGAAGAAGAUGAGGAGGAGGAGGAGGAGGAGGCGAAAGGAGCAGAAGGAAAGGAAGAGGAGGAGGAGUCUGAAGAGGAGAGCGAUGAUGAGGAAGAUGAAGAGGAUCACCCCGCAGUGCAGGAGGGAGAGACAGUGACGGAUUACCAGACCCGCACAGAGCAGUACUGGACGGGAUUGGCACGGGCCAACAUGGGCCCCGACGCCAAGGACAAAAAGGUCGCCAAGGUCGCCCUCGCCAUGGCUAAAGUCUUCUUUGAAGACCAAUAGUGUGGAUAAAGCCAAACUGUGUGCAUGACUGUGUGACUGUGUGUGAGACUGUGUGUGUGUAAAAUGACCUUUUUUUUUAAAACAUGUCCUUUGAACUGUACUGCAAAUAUUCAGAAAUGCUUUUUAAGCAAGUUUAAAAAAGAAAACAAAAACACUUUGUUUUCUUCCACUGAUCAAAUUAAAUUUGAAUAUACGGAC